AUGGGAGGAGAGAAACGCCAGAAUCUUCAAAAGGAAGGUGUCCUCUCAAAGGAUUGUAUGCUCGAAGAUCUGUUCUACCAUUUCUUCAAUUCUGAAAUUGGGAUGCCUCCGGGACUGCUCCUCUUCCAGAUCUAUUCUAAUGGAUUGGAACCUCUCUCCGUCUUGCUGCAGACCCCCUCCUCGUCCGCCGGACUAACUCGCGGCGAUUACCAAAUCAUCUCCUUCCUCUAUGCCACUGCAAGCAUUGAUGAUGACUUCUUUGACGCCUUCAUCAUCAGACCUGAGAGCCCCGCCGUCCCACUCCAACGCCAGUCCAAUUGGAUCGGAUACGUUGCUGUCACCACCGACGAAGUCAGCAAGUCCAACGGCAGGCGUGACAUUUAUGUGGCAUGGCGUGGAACCGUCCAACCAAUUGAACUACAAGGGGAUUUACACACUAAGCUCGUGCCUGCCACACCAUUAAUGUCCGGCUCUGGAGGAAAUGACAAUUAUGAUAGUGGUGAGGAUGAUAUCGCCAAGGUCAUGGAGGGUUGGCUCACAAUUUACACCUCCAGCAACCCAGAUUCUCCAUUUCCAAAAACCAGCGCUCAAACUCAAGUUCUAUCAACCAUCACAAAAUUGAUGGAAUUGUACAAGCACGAAAACAUAAGCUUGAUAUUCACGGGACAUAGCCUAGGUGGGGUACUUGCAGCUCUAAGCGCUUUCAAUGUGGUGGAAACUGGUGUAGUUGCAGAUCAUGUCCGGGUCGGGGCUUUCGUGUUCGGUUGCCCAAAGUUAGGCAACAAAGUGUUCAUUGACAAGCUUAAGGCUCUGCAAAACCUGCGAAUCUUACAUGUGAGGAAUGUUUUAGACCUUGUACCAAACUUCCCGCUCACAGUGCCUGGGUAUGAACCAUACGCAGGAAUUGAGCUACAGAUUAAUAGUAACGAUUCGCCAUUCUUGAAAGAUUCGUUCUCUCCAUGGGACUGGCAUAAUUUGCAAGGUAUGUUGCAUGUAGUUGCGGGUUGGAAUGGAAAGGGAGGGAAGUUUGAGCUGAAGGUGAAGAGGAGUUUGGCUCUUGUGAACAAGUCUAGUAAUUUUCUUAAGGAUAAAUAUCAGGUUCCAGAGUCAUGGUGGGUUGAAAAGAAUAAAGGCAUGGUGCUUGAUAAAGAUGGAGACUGGGUUGAGGCCAAGCCAUUCCAAGAGGACUAA